UUUCAAGGAGGACACUCUGAUUUCCCAUCUUCAUGGUGAGGCCGUAAACGCACCGUGAAGAAGAGAGAAGGCUAACUGGUUAGCUUGUUAGCUUCACUGCUCGACUGUGUAAAGAUGCAAUUAGCUUUAAGUAAAACGUUUGGCCAGAAACCAGUUAAAUUCCAACUAGAGCAAGAUGGGGACUUCUACAUGGUUGGAUCAGAGGUUGGAAACUACCUGCGCAUGUUCAGAGGCUCUCUGUAUAAAAGAUAUCCAUCUUUAUGGAGGAGGCUGGCCUCAGUGGAGGAGAGGAAGAAAAUCGUAGCAUCAUCACAUGCCACGAGUGUUACUCUGCUGAAGGCAUCCGAAUGUGAAGAGAUCUUCGAGGGUAAUGAUGAGAAAUACAAGGCGGUGUCCAUCAGCACAGAGCCUCCAGCUUACCUCAGGGAGCAGAAAGCAAAGCGGAGCAGUCAGUGGGUCCCCACGCUGCCCAACAGCUCUCAUCAUUUAGAUGCUGUGCCUUGCUCCACCACCAUCAACCGCAACCGAAUGGGCCGCGACAAGAAGAGGACCUUCCCCCUGUGCUUUGAUGACCACGACCCGGCAGUGAUCCAUGAGAACGCAGCCCAGGUAGAGGCGCUGGUUCCCAUUCGUCUAGAUAUGGAGAUAGACGGACAGAAACUACGAGAUGCCUUCACAUGGAACAUGAACGAGAAACUGAUGACCCCAGAGAUGUUCGCAGAGAUUUUAUGUGACGACCUGGACCUGAAUCCUCUGGCCUUUGUCCCCGCCAUUGCCUCAGCCAUUCGUCAGCAGAUUGAGUCGUACCCCAUCGACAGCAUACUGGAGGAGCAGGCGGACCAGAGAGUCAUCAUCAAGCUGAACAUCCAUGUGGGGAACAUUUCUCUGGUGGACCAGUUUGAGUGGGAUAUGUCAGAGAGAGAGAACUCACCUGAGUCGUUUGCACUGAAGCUUUGCUCUGAGCUUGGUCUGGGUGGAGAGUUCGUCACCACUAUCGCCUACAGCAUUCGCGGUCAGCUCAGCUGGCACCAGAGGACCUACGCCUUCAGUGAGAACCCGCUCCCGACAGUAGAGAUUGCCAUCCGCAACACAGGUGACGCAGACCAGUGGUGCCCCCUGCUGGAGACCCUCACAGACGCUGAGAUGGAGAAGAAGAUCCGAGACCAAGACAGGAACACGAGGCGUAUGAGACGACUGGCCAACACCGCUCCCUCCUGGUAGAAAAGAGACCUGAAGCUGCAUCAGAUGACGUGUCCUCCGGAGACUCGCACACAGGUCCUCCUGAAAGCAUCGAUGAAGCAUCUGGAUGUUCCUGUAAGCAUGACUGACACUCACGGACACCUGGUCGGUCUCCAUGGACACCUCACUGACUGAAUGCAACACACACACACAUAUCCAGGCAUUCCUCUGCUCACACAGUCUACCGUCAUCAUGCUUCACCUUGCCUUUUAGCACACCAGUCAUAGCAACAGUUAACCCCAGCAUCACUGUAAGCUAGUGUUUGUCAUUGAAGGAGGUUUAUCUAUCUGUUACAUGCGUUACUGUUACACACACACACCACACCCUGCAGUGUGUGAAUACACCACGUCAUGUCAAACCAAAGCACUUGGUUUCAUCACCGUCACUGACGUCACGGUCGGCCACGACAUGGAUUUUGCAAUACCGUCAUUACCGUGAUAAACACACACACGCUUUGGUUUAGCACACACACACGACGGAGAUACAACACCCAAUAAACCAUGGCUGUAUUCAAAACCGCCUACUACAUACUACUGACGAACGCAGUAAACAGUAUACAGUAUAUACUACCUACUGCGUUCCUCAGUAGUAUGCAGUAUAUACUGCAUACUGCGUUCCUCAGUAGUAUGCAGUAUGCAGCGGUUAAAAGUGAUGUAUUAUGCCCGGCUGGCGAGGUAGCGACCCCGGCAGGCGCUAGCUGGCUGUCACAGCAGUUUGUGGAGCUUCUAAACUCCGAAAGCGUUGGAGCAAAUGUUCGACUCGCUAACUAAUAUUGUAAAGCUGCCAAUAUUCAAGAUCUACACGGUUUAUUUCUCUCCUCAAAAAUUUUCAGAAGUGAUUUUUAGUGAUGAAAUAGCUGCGAAAAAUGUAAAGAAAAACGAGCCGUUUUUGGCUGCUGUUAAAAUGUAAAAACGUACCGUUCCAGCGCUUUGCAUUGUGGGAUACAGUUGGCGAGGUACUGUAGAUUUUGCAUUUGUUCGCACACUGCAUACUACAUGCUACAUUUUUGGCCAAAUCAGUACGUACUACUAGUACAGUAUGUGGUUUCGGAUACAGCCAGGGUGUCCUGUAGAGCUGAAACAAUUAGUCGGUUAAUCAACUAGUCGAUCAAUAGAAAAGUGAUAAUGAACUAUUUUGAUAAUCGAUAAAUCGUUUGAGCCACUUUCUAAGCAAAUAGUGUCAAACUUUUGCUUCUCAAACGAGAGGAUCUACUGCUCUUCUUUGUCAAACAUCAUUUUAAACUGAAUAUCACUGGGUUUUGUCAAACAAAACAAAACAAGACAUUUGAAGACGUUAUGAUGGACCUUUUCUUUCACUAUUUUUGUUAUGAUUUUAAAGACUAUACAAUUCAAACUGGCCUCGCUCAUCAAACCUUUUGUCGGUGGACGAUUACCCCCUGAAACAGUACAUUGGUGACAGAUGGUGGGAGGGUGAAUUGGUAAGCAAACUUGCCAACAAACAAAACCUCUCAUGCGAUCAUAAUCAUUUUGAAAGAUGCCGUAAUCUAGGUCCAGUAAAUCCUACACAUUAAUGAAUAUGUUAUUGAGCCACAUCAAAGUGUUUGGGCUACUUCGGUAAACUGAUGUUAGUCUUUUUACCUGACUGAAAUAACCAGUAUGUGUGUGUGUGUAAAAUCAAACUACAACAAAUCCCUGGUGAUGUUACUGCUGCUGUGUUCUGCUCAGACAGCAGGUCAAGUGUUUGCAGCCAAUCAGAGAAUUGAUUAUUUUUCUCUGCGUGUUACCAAGUCUGAUCCGUUAUGUGAACCAGUGUUCAUUUGCAUGCUAAAACAUAGGUAGGUAUAAUACUGUACCCUGUGCAUGAGGGACUAAUUGAUCCCAUUGUUACUUCUGUUUGCACCGUGCCUCACAUUGCAUCAGUGUCAGCAGACUGGAGCCUUUUAACUGGGAGUAAUUUAGGGGUAGUAGAGAGAGGGGGAAAAAAACAAGCUGACAAGAACCAAUGGUGUCUUUUUUAAAAGUGAUGAUUUUCAACUUGAACAUACUCCAGAGAAUGAUGUUAACGUAUGUACCGUCGCUUCUUGUUCUCUUAUUUUGUAAAAUUGAUUUACCUUUAUAGUGGACUUGUUUUUUAUAUGAAAAAUAACAAUAAAGAAAACUUGUUGGAAA